AUGUCGAAUUCAACGGCAGCCGAGGUCCUCACUCGAAAACCUGAGAACAUCGCCGUGUAUACCAACCCCCAGCAUGAGCUGUACGUCAAACAAAUCGGCACGCCAAUCCCAAAGGAAGGAGAGUGCCUCGUCCACGUGCGGGCAACAGGAAUCUGUGGCUCUGAUGUUCAUUUCUGGAAGGCCGGUCACAUUGGCGAGAUGGUUGUAACGGGUGAGAAUGGCCUUGGUCACGAGAGCGCAGGGGUGGUGGUCGCAGUCGGUGACAAGGUCAACAAGUUCAAGGUUGGCGAUAGAGUGGUACUGGAGUGCGGCGUUCCAUGUAUGAAAGCGACAUGCUUCUUUUGUCGAACGGGCAAGUACAACGCAUGCCCGGAUGUUGUUUUCUACUCGACGCCCCCUUAUCAUGGGACUUUGACACGCUAUCACGUUCAUCCAGAAGACUGGCUGCACAGAAUUCCCGAUACGAUCUCGUAUGAGGAAGGGUCUCUUCUUGAGCCGCUCUCUGUGGCUUUGACCGGGAUCGAGCGGUCUGGUGUACGUUUAGGAGAUCCGGUUGUCAUAUGUGGCUCUGGGCCGAUCGGCAUUGUCACCUUGCUGGCUGCCAGCGCCGCGGGUGCGAAUCCAAUCGUCAUCACGGACAUCAACAAAACCAGGCUGCAGGUUGCGAAGAAGGUUAUUCCUAGAGUCCGGACUGUGCUCGUUACCCCGGGAAAAGAACCACAAGCAAUCGCCCAAGAAGUUAAGAGCGCUCUAGGCCAAGAAGCCAAGUUAGUGCUUGAGUGUACUGGUGUUGAGUCGAGCGUUAUCACUGGCAUCUACUCUUGUCAAUUCGGCGGUAUGGUCUUCGUUAUUGGAUGCGGUAAGGACUUUGCAACGAUUCCAUUUAUGUACAUGGCCGGAAAGGAGAUUGAUUUGCGAUUCCAAUUCCGCUACCGCGAUAUCUAUCCUCGAGCCAUCGGCCUUGUCGCAGAAGGUAUCAUUGACCUCAAGCCUCUGGUGACGCACAGAUUCACGCUUGAAGAGGGAGAGAAGGCCUUCCUUGUAGCUUCAGAUCCAAGUGCUCUGGCCUUGAAGGUGCAAGUCAUUGAUGACUGA